AUCAAUAUUGUUGAGACACAGAGAUAACCUUGGUGUGGCGUAUAUUUCGUAAAGUUCCUUUGAAUAUCGAAAGUGCGAGAAAUGCUCAUUUGCCAAAAUAUGUAUUUCACUUCUAACUUAAAAUGGAAAACUGGUGAAUAUUAAAGUGUCGUUAUUUUAAAUAAUUCAAAAAUAUGAAAGACAAAGAGGAAGUUAUUUUCAAAACUGAAAAUGGUGUGUCAAAAUCCAUUAUCUCUAGUGUUACAGUGGAACCGUUGGUCCUAUUUUACAUCUUACCAUCCACCAUGAACCUGCUGAUCACGCAAAAUUUGAUUCUCGAAGAAACUUGUCGUGUUAACUUGGGUUUUAAUCAAUCCGUUUGCGAUUCAAUCUCGCAAAAAAACACUUCCGGUUUUACCAAAGAUCAGGAACUGUCUGUUCAAGAGUUAGCUUCUGAUAUAAUUUUUAUAAAAACGCUGACCCAUGGAUUGAUACCAAUACUUAUACUGAUGGUCGCUGGAUCUUGGAGCGAUAAGAAAAAAAGCAGACGACCAUGUAUUCUUGGACCUAUAAUUGGGGAGCUGGUAGCAGUCACGUGUCUCAUACUAAAUUCUGUAUUUAGUCAUCAAAUACCAGCCCUAUUGACUGCCCUUGCAUACAGUUUACCUAUGGCAAUAUCAGGAGGAUUGCCAUGUUUAUUAUUGGGAGUUUAUAGCUAUGUGUCGACUUGUAGUAGUGAAGCAAGUUUAACUUUGAGGAUAGGUGGUGUAUCCACUAUUCAGAAAAUAGCUUAUGUCUUAGGAUUGGGUAUGAGUGGUAUUAUCCUAAAUCUCCUAGGUUUUAUUGGUGCUUACACAACUACAUUCUUCAUGAUGUUUUCCUCCUUAAUAUAUGGGUACUACAUCAUUAAGGAAAGAAAUACAAUUGUUGCUGAAGUCGAAGAAGAACUUCGAGAUUUAAAAGAAACACCAAAUAAAAUUAAGCGAAAGAUUUACGUCAUAGAACAUUUUUUUUAUACACUUAAAGUUUUUUUCACCAGGAGACCCAGUAAUAAAAGAAUGAGAUUGAUUGCUUCAGUUCUUCUUCUGAUGAUUGUAAAUGGACCUUUUAGAGGGGAACAGAGUGUUUUUUUCUUCUAUACCAAAUUUAAGUUUGGGUGGAAUCAUUUGGAUUAUGGAUAUUUUUAUGGUGCUCAGUUUGUUAUUGAAAUAAUUGGUUCAUUAUUGGUUUUGAUACUUCUCAUAAAAUACUUCAAAUGGAAAGACGAAGCCUUAGGAAUUCUUUCGUUCAGCAGUUCAAUUAUUGCUGCCAUUAUAUUUGCAAUUGCAAAUAAUGGAUUCCUAUUCUAUGCAGGAGCUGUUUUGAAUCUAUUCAACGGAACAUCACAGAUAGCCCUGAGAUCUUUAAUGUCAAAACUUGUGCAAGAACAUGAGAUCGGAAAAACCAACUCUAUAUUCGAAAUAACAGAGUCGCUGACUCAUAUUAUUUUUGGUGCAUUUUAUUCUCUAUUAUAUAGAAAUACAUUGCAUAUUUUUCCAGGGACAUUCUUUCUGACCACUGCGUCAUUAAAAUUCAUCGGGAUGUUUAUUUUUAUAUGGCUAUUUCACCAGUCGAUAAAGCACAAUAAAAGGAAAGAAGUGAUAAUAUUGGAAUGAAUUAGAGGCAAAUAUUGAAAGUAUUAUGGAGGAAAAUUUUUUCUACCAAAGAAUGAUGUA